ACAAGUGGGUUCUUACAUUUCAUCGUAUUUUUCAGCUAUCAAUGUGAUCCGAGCUUCAAAUUUGAGGAUGGAUCCGCCAGCAAAACCAUCACUUGUCAGGCUAAUGGGACUUGGUCCACUCUGGAUUCAGCAUGCGUGCCCGCAUUUUGCAAGGGUGGCUUGAUGAACAGAGAGGAUGAACUCACCGAAGCUCUGGACGCCAAUGGAGACCCCAUUGCCACGCAAAACUACACCAACCUUGAGGUGGACAUUGAUUCCCAUGUCUCCUACCGAUGCCAAACGGGAUACUUUCCUAGCAAUGCACAAGAGGCUCAGAAUGAUCCCAUUCCAGUCAAAUGUCAAUCAGAUGGAACCUAUGAUUUCGCCAUCUCGUGGCCAAAUUGCGUCCAAUUCAAGACUUGUUCUCCUCCAAGUUGGACCACGGACCCGACUUUCAUAUUUGAACUUGGAACCAUGUCGGGGGGUGGAACAUAUCGCAAUGGAGACACUAUCAGUUGGAGUUGCUUGAACGCGCAGGAUUCAAUUGCGUAUAGAGCUACCAAUGAGUUAUACGCUCUUGACAGUGUGACCUCAGUUUGCCAAUGGAAUUCAACUUGGUCACUUCAACCGGAUACAUUUACGUGCAUCAAAAAUACUUGCGGAGACCCUCCUCUACUGGACCUGUCCCAUGGAUUGGAAAGGCUUUGGGACCAGGAGAAAAUCCUUUUCGGUCAGAGCGUCACAUAUCGAUGUGCUCUUGGUGGAAAAUUUGAAGAUGACUUUACACAAAAUAACAUUUCCGUUCUCUGUAAUGAGGCUACCCAAGACUACGAUUUUCCCACCACUUUUCCAUCUUGUAAACGAUCCAAGAAUUGUCAGACACCCGUUCAGAGCCCCCCUGAAGGUAGUUUUUUGACCAUGAGCCUUCCUAAAGUCAGAGUACUCAAGAACAGACCUUGUUGGACUGUCAGCUCAAGUGUUCUACAACGAAAAAUUGCUUGA